AUGCUUGAAGAGAUAUUCCAAGUUAGAGUUUCUCCUCCAAGGAAGAAGAAGAUUACAAUGGUUUCAUGGAGGCCCCCCGAUCCCGGAAGUUAUAUAUCAUCAACACAUAUGGCUCUACAAAAGGCAGCCCCAGAGAAGCGGGAUGGAGUUAUAUGGUACGAGGCACGUAUGGAGAGAUGA